GCCGGCCGCGCAGUGUGCCGGCGACCGUUGACUGUGCUGUGUCGCGCGCGCUGCGACCAACCGCACCCCGAAACGACAAACUCACACCAACAACACAACUUUAGUUCCUCAUUAACAGUUACAGUGGGUGUUUUGGUGUAAUAUCCUAGUUACUUGUGUUCUGACUGACCGCACUCGAGUGUACCAAGUUCUAAGUUCUGGAUACUGGACAAGUGAUUAAAAGUGACUGCGUGCUAUGCCGCAAUUAACAGUUUAGCUGCGUUCUGCGGGCGAUGCUCACAGGAGAGCAUGUGAUGCCGGCCUUUGACGCCCGGCGCCAUGCCCACGCCGCUGCAGGCCGGCGGCCCCGCUAGCGGCCCGCCCCCCGAGCGCAAGCGGCGCCGCAAGCGCGACGAUCCGCAGAGUUCAGCCGCGCUCGAGCCCGACGACGACGACGGCAACAUGAGCCCCGAGGAAGAACCGCGCAACGCGCCCGCAGCACCCGCGGCGCCCACUCCAGCGCCCUCCUCCGCGCCCGCGCCCACCUCACCCCCUGCUGCGCCCGACGCUGUAGAUCUCACCUCGCACCGAGACUCUCCGCCGCUCUCCUCCGACGUCGAACGUUUUGAUGGCAAAAUUGUCUACAACCCCGAUGGAUCUGCGUAUAUCAUCGAAGACCCCGAACUGUCAGAAGGCGAGACGAGCAUACCCGACCUACCUAAAAUAGAACCCGGGUGCAUCGUCGACAGUCGCGACAACAACGUCGUUGAGAGGCAGCUCGAUUUCCCACAGAUAGCGAGCGCCUUCUACGUGUCGAGGAACCCUUCGCUGUAUGGUGCGCUAUAUGGAAGACUGGCAGCUGAGCGGGCGCGAGCGAGACCCGACGCACCUGUUAUGCACAGCUAUCGAGUUUUUAGUUUUCGCGGAGGAAAGGACGCUCCUAGACCGCACUCUCCGCCUGUUGAGUGCCCAGUCAGCGUGCCAGUUAAACCGAUUCUUAUGUGUUUUAUAUGUAAAUUGAGUUUUGGCUAUGCGAAAUCAUUUGUAGCGCAUGCCCAAUCAGAUCAUAGUUUAUCAUUACUGGACUCUGAAAGAGACGCCUUAUCAAGAGAGAACGCUUCGGCUAUUAUCCAGUGCGUAGGCAAAGAUAAAGAACCGCUAGUCUCAUUUCUAGAACCUGUUGGUGCCGCGGCACCACCGCGAUUAUCAUCUUCAGGCAGCCCCUCAAACAUGACGGAAUUACCGAGCCCAUCGGUAGAUAUGAAGCGACCGGAUUUGAUGUCGGUGGAUAGAGACGAGUCAAUGUUACUCAAUGGUACCUGUGACGACAGGAAGCCGAGCCCAACGACAGCGUGGAGGCCACCACGGUCGAUAGCUGAAUCUUUGAUGCCGCAACAUUCCUUGAUCUCUGUCGCUCAUCCUCACACAAUAAAUGCUUCGGUACAACCACGGGCAAGCCCUAAUUCAUCCCCACCGUUCCAAGCAACUCCACCAGCUUUUCUCUCUGGUACGACGAUAGGUGUCUGUCCCGAUCACCUUGGAGGGAGACCGUCUGGUGCCGACUGUCCAAAAUGCGAACUGAUUUUGAACUCAGGAAGAUUAGGCGGCCCGCUCGCAGGUAUGCACAGCCGAAAUUCCUGCAAAACCUUGAAAUGUCCAAAAUGCAACUGGCAUUACAAAUACCAAGAGACGUUAGAAAUACAUAUGAAAGAAAAACAUCCUGAAGCUGAGACAAGUUGCAUUUAUUGCAUAGCCGGGCAGCCGCAUCCUCGGCUGGCACGAGGUGAAACUUACACUUGUGGCUACAAACCAUACAGAUGUGAAGUGUGCAAUUACUCUACUACGACUAAAGGUAACCUCAGUAUACACAUGCAAUCUGAUAAGCAUUUAAAUAACAUGCAAGAGCUUCAAAAUGGUGGCAACCCUGGAGAGGGAACUUUACCUCCUGCACCACAACAUACUCCUCCUGGUCCACACAAGCCACCACUACCACAUCAUUCCCCCUUAGGUCAAAAGCCAAAGCCUACCUUCCGAUGCGAUGUCUGUAAUUAUGAAACAAAUGUCGCUCGCAACCUAAGAAUACAUAUGACUUCUGAAAAGCAUACCCACAACAUGCUGGUCUUGCAACAAAAUGUAAAGCACAUGCAGACCUUAUCAGCUUUGCAUCACAGACAACAGAGCCAGCAGCAGCUUGAAAGUUUACUACAUUUCCAUGGCGGUGAUGCCCCGCCUCCAAACCCUGAAGCUGCCCUCGCUGAUAUGGCUUACAACCAAGCGCUGAUGAUACAACUAAUGACCGGAGGGCCGGGGCCUUCACCACCUGAGCUCGGCGCCCACUUAGACGUCGGCUUAAAUCCUGAGGCAAUGGAGCCACCACCAGAGCCAGCUGACCCCGAGCCAGAGAGAACGUACCACUGCUGCAUUUGCAACUGUUUCUCGACAGACUCCUUAGAGGCGUUGGGUCAUCACUUGGCUCAAGACCGCACAAAGAUCAGAGAACAAGAAAUCCUGGCAUUAGUAGCUGGCCAUUAUGUUUGCAAGCUAUGCACCUAUAAGACGAACCUAAAAGCUAACUUCCAAUUGCAUUGUAAAACUGACAAGCAUUUGCAAAGGCUGCAACAUGUGAAUCAUGUAAAGGAAGGAGGGCCAAGGAACGAAUGGAAAUUGAAGUUCUGUGGAGGAGUCGGGACUGGUGGCGCUAGCGUUGGUGGUGUGCAAGUACGAUGCUGCGCGUGUGAUUACUAUACUAACUCUGCGCACAAGCUGCAGCUCCACGCGGCCGGGGCGAGGCACGAGGCCGCCGCCUUGCUGUUGAGACACCUCCGUGAGUGCGCCUCAAGGAUACCUCGUGAGAGACCGCGUGUCUACCGCUGUGCUCUGUGCGGCUUCGGAGCACCUCACCGUUUACCUCUGCUCCAGCACGUGCGAUCUGUCAAGCACUUGCAGAUGGAACAAAUCCAUCAGUUGCAACGCAGGUCUGAAGGUAAAGACCCGACGCCUGACGUUGCUGAACUGUUUCAAGUUAUUCCUCAACCAACUGAACUGCCGAGCCCUUACGAUCAACAAGAAAACGACAAUAAGGAGCCAAUCGAUCAGAAGCCUGAGUUAACUCAAGAACAGAAAAUGAUGAGAUUUUUGGAGCAACAUCAGCAACAACAGCAACAACAGCAGCAGCAACAACAACAACAACAGGUCCAACAACAGUCUCAACAAGGACCUAGCGAGAGGGAGGAGGAGCGCGACACUCCGGGACCACACACGUGCCCCUAUUGUAACUUUAGUUGCACAAACGAGUCUCGCCUACACUCACAUGUCACCUCCGUACAUGGCGAUCCUUCUCGGCAUUUCAUAUGCCCUCUGUGCCAAGACGGUUUUAAAGAACGACCUGCCCUGGAACGACAUGUUAUGCAAAUUCAUUCUGUCAACUCUGAAGGACUACAGAGGCUAUUGUUGCUUGUAGACCAAAGCCAUUGGCUAAACGGCGGAGCUCAACCACAGAGAGACGAAUCCCGACAAGGCGACGAUGAGAGGGAGAUAUCUUCGCCUCGGUCAGAAGGCAGUGCUGAUGGCGAGACAGAGAGGUGCUCAACCUGUAACCGAACGUUCCGCAACGUUGAUGAGUUAUGUCAACAUCAAAAUGAGUCAGGCCAUCUUGAACUCAAACAAACGCCUCAAGGUCCGGGAUAUGUUUGCUGGAAAAAAGGUUGCAACCGGUAUUUCGAUGCUGCCCAUGCUCUACAGAAUCACUUCAGGGAAGCGCACGCUCGUAACUCGAUCGCAAACAUGUCAGUAUCUGAAAAACAUGUAUACAAGUACCGUUGUAAUCAGUGCAGUCUUGCGUUUAAAACAAUUGAGAAGCUACAACUGCAUUCACAAUAUCACGUUAUUAGAGACGCUACGAAGUGUGUACUGUGUGGAAGAAGCUUCAGAUCCGUAUUAGCUCUUCAGAAACACGUUGAGACUUCCCACCCGGAGUUAUCGGAGGAAGAGUUAGGUGCAUUCAAACGUAGCCUAGCAUCAAACCCUCUACUGCAAGCUAGCCAAGGUACAGCAUUAGACGCUGCUACCGCAGAGCUCUUACGCAAAGAAGCUUUGAGAACACCUGAUGAUGAUUUAGCUGAUAUGGAAGAUCGCGAUUCGAGCGCCACUGUCGCUGAUGAGUCCGGACAUAACGACGCUGAAAACUCUGAUGACUCAAUAAUCUACAAAGAUCAGCAAUUCCUGGAAGAUUACUUAAACUCGCAAGCUAUGGCGGAAGAUUCAUACAAUGAUCCUAACAGAAAAUACAAAUGUCAUCGAUGCAAGGUAGCUUUCACCCGCCAGUCGUACUUGACAGCACAUAACAAAACCCUUUUGCAUAGAAAAGGUGAAAAACUGACCUACCCUAUGGAAAAGUACCUUGACCCGAACAGACCGUUCAAAUGUGAUGUAUGUAAAGAAUCAUUUACGCAAAAGAACAUCUUACUAGUUCACUACAAUAGCGUAAGUCAUUUGCAUAAAUUGAAACGAGCUAUGCAAGAACAACAAAAUAACAACAACCCGCCCGUAUCACCCGGGGCGGGCUCCGCGCCUUCUAAUCUAACACUCACUCCUAAGAGCACAUCAAGUGAGGAAGACGACCGGAAACGUUACAAAUGUAACAUUUGCAAAGUGGCUUACACACAGGGCAGUACGCUAGACAUACACAUGAGGUCAGUUUUGCAUCAAACUCGUGCCGGCAAGUUGCAGGAGCUCGCCGCAGCGGGUCACGUGGACUUGUCGCGACCUUUAGUAGAGCAGCCGGACCGUACCGACCCCGCUAAAAUUUUACAAGACGUGUUGUCGCCAAAAAAUACAUCCCCUUCGUCUACAAGCAGUGGGGGCCCGCGCUCCUCGCCCCCUGCGCGCCCAGGUAGCCCGCGUUCCCCGCGCGCAGGUAGCGCUUCGUGCGAUCGCUGUCACGCGUCAUUCCCAACCGGGGAGCUACUCGACGCACAUCGAGCGACCUCAUGUCCGUUUGGCGAUGCGCGGGCGCAUUCGCCGCUAGGUGAAGCCGAAACAGCGGCACUUGACGAGAUGGUCGCGAAGGGCAACCCGCCCAAACGCAAUUCACAAAUGUAUAAACAACUGUUGGAAACUUUCGGCUUCGAUCUCGUCAUGCAAUACAAUGAAAAUCAGCGAAGAAAAUUGCAAGAAGAACGUGAAAUGGCGCGUGUGCCUAGCCCACCACCACCGCCUCCUGAAGAGAAGCCCCCGGAUGGUGUAACUAAAUCAACGUGUCAACAUUGCAACAAGGAGUUUUCUAGUGUGUUCGUUCUAAAGACUCAUUGUGAGGAAGUGCAUAAGGACAAAGUACCGCUCGAGUUUCUCGAGCAAUUCGCCGAACAGUUCAAAUCGGAGUAUGAGAGGAAGUCAGGAGCACCUAACUCGCCUCGGGCUGCGUCUCCCGCGCCUCCAGGCGAGCGGUCACCGUCUCCGCGUGGUGACAACAGUGGAAACUUCAAUGAGAAUGGAAAUACACAAGGCGAUGCUCAAGCUGGUGCCUUGCUCGCCGCGCAAGUGCAGGAGAUGCAGGCUGCGUUGAACAUGAUCCAACUCCAGCAGCAGCUCGGACAGCUGCACCCGAUGGUGGCGCAGAUGCUCUCGCUCGGCCUGCCUCUGGGCCUGAACGUUGGUGCGCUGGCCGCCAUGAACCUUCAGCCACCACUGGUGCCACUGAUGCUGCCUCCACCGCCAUUCGACGCGAUGCCCUUCGCUCACGAUGCACAAAUGAAACAACAACAACUGUUACAGCAACAGCAGCAGGCUAACGCUGCAGCUGGACAAAAGAGAGCUCGCACUCGCAUCACUGAUGAACAAUUAAAGAUUCUGCGAGCUCACUUUGACAUUAACAACUCGCCUAGUGACGAGGCUAUCGCGAAGAUGGCUCAGCAAUCUGGACUUGCAACUAAGGUAAUCAAACAUUGGUUCAGAAACACCCUCUUCAAGGAACGUCAGCGAAACAAAGACUCGCCCUAUAACUUCAACAACCCACCAUCCACGACGCUCAACUUGGAAGAGUAUGAGAAGACCGGAGAGGCCAAGGUGACUCCCUUAGAUUCAUCAGCAAGUUCAGAUGAAGGUAAGCCCCCUCCUGAGAAAAAGGCCAAAACUGAAGAUAAUAGUAUGAUGAUGCAGCAAGAGGUUAAAUCGGAGCCUAGUGAUGAACCUUCAAUUGAGGAAAAGUAUCAUUCAUAUGAUGAUCGUCACCAGGAAGACAAGAGUUUUAUAUUUCCUCAGGCACCAUCGCAGAGUCCUGCUCCAAUGCAAAGCAAUGAUCAUCUUUUGCAGAACAAAUCACGACCGCAGACUCCAACGCAUAUGUCUCUAAAUUCACUGAUUCAAUCUCAGUUGGAUUCUAUUCCGGCAACGAGUAUACCUCAGCCGCCUCAUCCAUCAAUGCUACCACCUAAGCUGAAUCCAAGUUUCACGUCCCCAAACUCCGCGCCCCCGAACGUCCUAACUCUGACCCCGAAUCGCAGCCUCAGUCCUGGCAGGGGACCGGCCGAUUUCGGACUUUCCGGGGGCAAUUCGAACGGAUCCAACAGCUCAACGGGGUCUUCUGGCAAACGCGCCAACAGAACUAGAUUCACUGAUUAUCAAAUAAAAGUAUUACAAGAAUUCUUUGAAAAUAACGCAUAUCCCAAAGAUGAUGAUCUCGAAUAUUUAUCGAAGUUACUGGGAUUAAGUCCAAGAGUGAUUGUUGUAUGGUUUCAAAAUGCACGUCAAAAAGCAAGGAAAGUCUAUGAAAACCAACCAGCCGCAGAUCCACCUGCAAGCGCCACAGAUGACGCCAAUAGAUUUCAGCGCACACCAGGCCUUAACUAUCAGUGCAAGAAGUGCCAAUUAGUAUUCCAAAGAUACUAUGAACUAAUAAGACAUCAGAAGACUCAUUGUUUUAAAGAAGAGGAUGCUAAAAGAUCAGCACAAGCACAGGCGGCGGCUGCUCAAGUAGCAGCUACAUUAAGCAGCGAAGAUUCCAACUCAAGCAAUGUCGAACAUCACACUCCUCACGUACCCGUAUCGCCCGCCCCGCCUCGCACGCCCACUCCGGCUGCGCCCAACUACCCCGUAUCUCCUGCGCCCCCAGCGCCUCUAACGCCAGUUACUCCUCUGUCGCACACGCCUCGUGAAGAAAAGGAUGGAAAUUUUCAAUGUGAUAAAUGCAACCUAGUCUUCCCUCGGUUUGAUUUGUGGCGGGAACAUCAACUUGUUCACAUAAUGAACCCAAAUCUAUUUCCCACUUAUCCACCAGAUUCCCCUUUUGGGAUCUUGCAGCAGCAUGCGCAGCUGCAACAAUUAAACGCAACCCUUGGGAGUGAUGAGGCUCGCCAUCCAUUAGUAGCGGCUCUAAACCAACAAGUCGCCAAAAGGAAAUUUGAUGAGUAUGAAGAAGUAGACACUGGGGAGCAGCCGAAGGAUAAGCGCUUGAGGACUACCAUUUUACCCGAACAACUGGAUUACCUCUACCAAAAAUACCAAAUCGAAUCUAAUCCUUCUCGAAAAAUGCUUGAAAACAUCGCACGCGAAGUAGGACUAAAAAAAAGAGUGGUACAAGUUUGGUUCCAAAAUACACGAGCACGUGAGAGGAAAGGACAGUUUCGUGCGCAUGCACAAGUGAUAAACAAACGAUGUCCGUUUUGUCCAGCUUUGUUCAAAGUAAAGAGCGCUCUAGAAAGUCAUCUAAGCACAAAACAUGCAGAUCAAUGUGCGAGAGGGGAAAUUAAUGUCGACGCAUUACCCGAUGAAGAAUUAAGUACUGAAUCAACACCCAGUUUUGGCUCCCAACAAAGUGACCGGCAGCAAAAUUUUUCCCAAGCGGGGGCUCCCAUGUUGCCCCCUAUUUUUCCACCUUUUCACUCAGACAUGGAGAAAUUUAUCAAGCAGUACAGUGAGGAGUCAAUGAAACGCUAUGUAAGUGAAUUGCAAGCUCACGCCGCCGCCCAACAAAACGGUGGCGGGAACAAUGAAUCUUCUGAAAGACGCCCUGAACAUGGAAAAUCAGAGAUACCACUAGAUCUCAGCAAACCAGUAGACCUGUCACGGCCGGGAUCGGAUGCUGACGAGCGUUCCGACACCGCUUCCGAGACAAUGGAGUUCUACGAGGAAGACGAGCCGACUUCGCCACUGACCGGCCAGCAAUCGGCGCGACCCCCCGGCAAACGUUAUCGCACACAAAUGUCAUCCUUGCAAGUGAAGAUUAUGAAAUCGUUAUUCGGUGACUACAAAACCCCUACUAUGGCCGAGUGCGAGGCGCUCGGGCGAGAGAUCGGGCUGCCUAAACGCGUAGUGCAAGUUUGGUUCCAAAACGCACGUGCCAAAGAGAAGAAGGCGCGCUUAGCCGCCGGGUUGAUGGAGGUGUCCGACGCGCCUCCUCCGGAGGAGUGCCGGGUGUGUGACUUCAAGUACAGUCACAAGUACUCGGUGCAGGACCACGUGUUCACGCGCGGUCACAUCGCAGCGGUGCGCGCGCGGCUGGAGAGCGGCGCGGGCGCCGGCGACGACAGCACGCUCGCGCUGAUGCAGAUGGCGGCGCGGCUCGAGAGCGGCAUGGGCGGCGACCUGCACAACGCCUUCCUGCGACCACAGCUCGCCGGAAACGGUGAGUGUACUACUUGACCGCGGAGCGAGUCGCCUAGCGCUCACCAGCACUACGCGAUUGCGCAUUUUCUUACGUAGAACCUCGCAGCGGCGAGCUUCGCUCGGACGUGAAGUCUGAUGAUCUGUGCUGCUGCUAGACGAAGCGGUCACAUGCGAUUCGAGCGAAGCUCAAUUCGUGCCGUGACGGUCGUUGCUAUUUUCCUACUAGUGAGUCCUUUUGUAAAUAAAAUUUAGGUGUAACUGAAAUAGUUUAAAAUUAUCUCUCCGUUUUGUUAGUAUUUCAAUAGGCAGGAAACUCUUUAAGUAAUAAACUAAGAGUAACAAUUCCUAAUACAUAAAGUAUAUAAUCUAAACAGUACCGAGUUAAAUAAGCGCCAAGUCAGUCGGUUAGAUGCGAAAGGUAAUGUCGGCACGUACGCAGCCGAUUCAAUCUCAGAAAUUAUUUCGUAAUUCAAAUAAUUACUGAGCACCUUUAGUUCGGAGCGUGGCAACAGUAAAAAAGCAUUACUCAAUGUUCAAAUGAUAAUAUAAAUCUAAAAUUAGUGUGAAAUAGAGAAUUUUUUCCGUAGCCCGUGAUCGGCAUUACUGGAGGAGUGAAAGAGUAGUGUUGGUGUUGUCGGACCAGGGCGGCUAGCACCGGGCCGGCACGUGUUGCGCCGAGAGAGGCGGGCCGGCCGGUGCGGUGGGCGGCCGCUCUAAGCACUAUACAAAUGCAAACGAUACACAACAAUGGUAGGAGUUAGGACGCGUGAAGGACGUCGUAUAUCUAAUGGGACCGAUCUGGCGCACAUGCAUUUCGCUCCACAUGAAUAAUCAAUUAUUUAAAUGAUGCCAAUCAAAAGACUUUCUCGGAAACGGCACAUCAGUGUCCAUUGUUUUCUUUGUUUUUAUUACCUUAUUAUAUUGAGUUUGCUCUACAUAUUGAAAGCCAACACCACGGAGAGAUUUAGACUAGUAAUCUGUUGCAUAAUAUUAUUCUUCCUAGUUGUUCGUAUUUAAAACUCCUAUUAGGUAUUAGCGACAUGUCGAUUGUUGUAGGAUUGUAAUGAAAACCAAAUUAUAUAUUUUAGAGAAUUUAAAUGUUUUAGUUGUUAUUAUGUAAAGUCAUAGCGAAGCCUGAAGUCUAUAAUUAUUUAAAAUAAGGUGCCUUGUAGGAUCCAAGUGUUUUGUAAAUUAUUUUCUCUUGAGCUCCACUGUAAAUAGUUAAAAGUAUACUACUAGAUGUAACGUUGUGCAUUGUAAAAUUAUCUCCGACCGCUGUUCGUAUUGUGUAUUUCGAUAGUUCUUAUCUAUAGGUAGAUAUAAAUAAAUUAUUUGUUUCGUAGAGGCAUCUUAAGAACUUGUGAUAUAAAUGUAUCUAAUUAGUUUACUUCGCAUAUCUUUCGGAAGGGUCUCGGCUAAAGGGCGCGAGCCUAAAAGUACAAAAAUACAUACAGACAUAACAUUAGAAGUUGUCGGUUUUAACAUAAUAAUGAGUCGCGGUCGUGUGGGGUCCCGCUCGCGUAUUUCACUAUUCUUUCGUGACAUUUACAUAAAAGUGGGUCUCGAUUGGGGCGUUAGGCGAUAUGCAAAUAUUUUCUUCAGAUUUCAAUGUUGCGUACGCGGGGCGCACGAGCGCUGCGGCUUGCGCCCGCGCCGGUGCGCACGCGCCGCGGGAGCCGCCGCCGUACCCUUGUUUAUUACGUGGAAAUUUUCGCUACCGUCUCCUAAACACGUUGAUACGUCUCUAUUGAUCUUUCAAAUGCAAAUGUCCCGGUGACUCGUAAAGAACAUAAUAUCGUAUUAUUUACUACUUCUCGAAUACAUACAACGGCAUUAUGGUUUUAGUUUGGAUGUAAAGCAUGUUUAUUUGCAUAUCGCUUUUUGUUAUUAUUAUUUUUUUAUUUUUGUUAUGUUUGUAUUUAUUUUUGUUCUUUAGUUUUACUAUUAUUUUUGUUUGUCAUGUAGAUACCUAAACGUAUUUACGUCAAGGCGACUGACGUACACCUUGAUAUUGAAUUUGCCUCCAAUACGACUUCCAAUAAUUUAAUUUUAAUUUGUAUAAUUUAAUGUUUAACCUAAUUUUAUGCGCUCUGCAUUUACUGUUAUUCAGAUGACGUUAUUCUAAAUAGUUAUUUGAAACAAAGUCCUGUGCCAGCCAGUGAAAGAGUUCUUUGGUAUAUCGCGGCGAUGACUCGUCGCCUAGGGAAAGAUUGAAAGUCUUGUAAACUGAAUAGUAUUAUUAUAAUUAUUAUCUACAGUUAUUAUAUUUGCAGAAUUCGUUGAAAUAAAUGCAAUAUUUAUAUUAUUGAA